GCGGGGGGCGGGCGGGGGCGGAGCGCGGCGCCGGCGGCUGGGGCUGCGGCUCGAGCCCUGCACCUGUGACUCUCGGCCGCGCUCGCCCGGGGCCGCCCGGCGCCGCAGCCCCAUGGCCCCGUCCCGGCUGCAGCUCGGCCUCCGCGCCGCCUACUCCGGCGUCAGCUCCGUGGCCGGCUUCUCCAUCUUCCUCGUCUGGACGGUGGUCUACAGACAGCCCGGGACCGCGGCCAUGGGAGGGCUCGCAGGUGUGCUGGCGCUGUGGGCCCUGGUGACGCACGUGAUGUACAUGCAGGAUUACUGGAGGACCUGGCUCAAGGGGCUGCGCGGCUUCUUCUUCGUGGGGGUCCUCUUCUCGGCAGUCUCCGUGGCCGCCUUCUGCACCUUCCUCACGCUGGCCAUCACUCAGCACCAGAGCCUCACAGACCCUACCAGCUACUACCUCUCCAGCGUCUGGAGCUUCAUUUCCUUCAAGUGGGCCUUCCUGCUCAGCCUCUACGCCCACCGCUACCGGGCUGACUUCGCGGACAUCAGCAUCCUCAGUGAUUUCUGACCCAGGGAGCAAGGGCUCUACACCCUGGGGGUCCUCAGGACCUGGACUCAGUUUCUGAGACUUUGGGAGGACCUCAUCCCACCCCCUGGAGACCCCAAACUGUGGCAGAAAGUACACAGCAGGACGAAUGUGGCCUCCCAGGAAGCUCUGCGGCCUGUCCCCUUGGGAGAGACCUGGGAGUGGUGGGAAAUGCUGGUCUUCAUCAGAGGCUGGGCUGGAGGGCAGCUUUACACCUUCUUAAAGGCAUCUGUUUUCUUAGCACUCA